AUGUCAACGCACAUGGGCAACUGCACAAAAAUCCGGGAGCCGCGCGGCAGAGGCCGCAGAGAAAUGGGAGGGGGGGCCCCCAGGCCCCCUUUUGAUGGGGAUGAGAGGGGCCCCCCACGUUUCCCCCCCCCAGGGGCCCCCAUGGGAGGCAUGGGGCCCCCGCGCAUGGGAGGGGGGCCCCCACCACCUAUGAGGCCCCCCAUGGGUAUGCCUAUGGGGGGGCCCCCCAUGGGCAUGGGGGUACCGAUGGGGGGGCCCCCGCCUCCUUUUAUGGGGGGCCGAUAG